UUGACUCUUUCGAAAAAUUAUGGAUCUUUUCAGGAAUUGAGGAAAGUUACACUGUUUCUGAAACCUCAGUUUGUAGGUCUGGAUUCUGGAAACGAGGGGAGUUUGGUUUGUUUCAGAAUGGUUUGUUGAUUGGUGCUGGUUCAAUUCAAAGAGGGAAUUGAAAUUAUAUUUCUCUACCUUAAAAGAACGGGAUAAUUUUCUGAACCUCAAAUUUGGGUUAAAAUGGUGGAUUCAAUUGCAACGACGUCCCUUCUUGGGCACCGUCCUGUGUCUCAAGUCUCUCCUAUCAAAGAUGGUUUCCACAGGCGAAGAAUGUUUGAUUUUUGUCAGCUUCCCUGUACAGAUUUUUUGGGUCGACGGGUUAUUAGCCCAUCUUCAUCUUCAACUCCAACUCCAACUCCCUCAAGAAGUGAAAAGUUAGGAACUAUUCGAUUUGUGGUUUCUCCGAUUAAGGCUCUUGCAAUGGAACUCACAAAAGAGGCGGAUUCGUAUUCUCCGAGGGAAGAGAGAUCCCCUAAGGAAGAAGAGAGAUCGUCCCGGGAUUUGAAUGACUGGAUAGAUAAAAGCACAGAGCAGAGACCGCGUUUCUGGCCACCCCCAAAUAAGGCAGAUAAUCCUUCUCUACGGAACCCACUACUACGGCAGGAAAGAAUGGGGGCUGGGUGGUUGGGUGCAAUCUUUGAAUUGGAAGGAGUGCUUAUUGAAGAUAAUCCUGAUAUUGAGAAGCAGGCAUGGUUGGUUCUGUCCCAAGAAGAAGGUAAAUCUCCACCACCAGCUUUCAUGCUUAAAAGAAUAGAAGGAAUGAAAAAUGAGCAAGCGAUUUCAGAAGUUCUCUGUUGGUCAAGAGACCCAGCACAGCUGAGAAGAAUGACUUCUAGAAAGGAGGAGAUUUAUCAAGGUUUGCAAGGUGGGAUUUAUAGAUUGCGGAGGGGUUCACAAGAAUUUGUUAAUGUUUUGAUGAACUACAAGAUUCCAAUGGCCUUGGUUUCCACCCGUCCUAAGAAAACUGUUGAGAUUGCAAUUGGAGCCAUUGGGAUUGAAGGGUUCUUCAGUGUGAUUCUUGCAGCAGAGGAUGUGCACAGGGGGAAGCCUGACCCUGAGAUGUUUGUUUAUGCUGCUCAGCUUCUCAACUUCAUACCGGAGCGGUGCAUUGUAUUUGGGAACUCUAAUUCUACUGUGGAGGCAGCUCAUGAUGCUCAUAUGAAGUGUGUGGGAGUUGCAAGCAAGCAUCCUGUGUAUGAACUUGGAGCUGCAGACUUGGUGGUGAGGCACCUCGAUGAGCUCUCCAUAGUUGACCUGAAGAACCUGGCUGAUAUUGAAAUGACAGGAUUUGGAUCUGCAGAACCUGAGGUGGAGAUGGAGAAAGAAGAUGAUCGCCCGUAUCCGUCUACAUCCACAGCGGUCGAUGAUUUCUGGUGAGGCAUUUAAAAGAAAAUGUACAGAUGGUUCAUUGUUCUUCGUCUCUUUUUUUAGUUUGUAGUAAAUAUGAUUAGGCCAUUAGUCUCCCCUUAGCUACGUAUAUUGGUUGUACUGUGUAUAAAACAAAAAGGGGGAGGGGGAAAGGAAAAAAAAGCAGUGGGUGUAUUACCCACUUAUCAUGUAUGUACCAUGUACCAUGUACCAUAAAUGCAUUAUAUCUGUUUCAAACUC